AUGCCAAUUGGCUCGGAACCACAUAAUACUCCUCCGCCUCCUCCUGGUGCUAUGUCUCCUGGAACUCAGGUAGUUGUAGGUCGUCAUACGGUCGCCAUUCAGGUUUUCCUGGCUGAAGGUGGAUUCGCCCAUGUCUAUCUUGUACGAAUGAAGGAAUUUCCAGAUCCUAUUGUAUUGAAACGAAUAGCUGUACCUGAUACAGAGAGGUUGAAAUCAGUCGAAAAAGAGAUCGUCUUCAUGAGACGGCUAGGAAGUCAUAAGAAUAUCGUCAGAUACUUUGAUUCACAGGUAUCACCUUUGCCCACUGGAGGAUUCGAGGCCCUCAUCCUGAUGGAAUACUGCCCAGGCGGAGGCGUUAUCGAUUUAAUGAAUAGGCGACUUCAACAGCGGCUUACUGAACCUGAGAUUCUGAAGAUAUUUGGGGAUGUUAGCGAGGCGCUUGCAUAUAUGCACUACUGCAAUCCACCAGCGUUACAUAGAGAUUUGAAGGUCGAAAAUAUCUUGAUUUCGGCAUCUGGAAGAUACAAAUUGUGCGAUUUUGGAUCAGCAUGUCUAUCAAAAGGCACCUAUGUUCCACAAACAUUACCAGAGAUUCAAAAGUUGGAAGAUGAUAUUCAAAGACAUACUACAUUACAGUAUAGAGCUCCGGAAAUGAUCGACAUAUACCAAAAACGACCUAUCAAUGAGAAAGCAGAUAUCUGGGCUUUGGGCGUAUUCUUGUAUAAGCUAUGCUACUAUACAACACCAUUUGAGGAGCAAGGGCCUCUUGCCAUUUUAAGUGCUAAAUUCACAUUCCCACCGCGUCCUCAGUUCUCUGACAACACAAGGAAUUUGAUCUCUUGGCUACUGAGCGAAGAUCAAGAUAGACGACCCAAUAUCUAUCAAGUUGUGGAGACAGUUUGUAAAUUAAGAGGAAAGGACUGUCCUAUCCGAAAUGUAUGUUGGUGCAAACAUUGA